AUGGGCUCCUCCUCCUCCAAAGUUCACUACGUGAACGGGACGCCGACCUUCAAGGAGGCGACGAAGGUGCACCCCAUGUUCAACGGCCUGCUCUUUCGCCUCUGCGACCCCAGCAGCAACCGCUGGGGCUUCUACAACGACUCCCGCGAGUACGUCAUGCACGUCGCCAUCCUCUUCGACUACGACAGCCAGAUUGUGCCGCUCGGCUCAGCCACCGCCUACCGCAUCGACGACCCCGAGGAGGGCAGGGAGGAUGACAUGGGGAAGUACGUCGUGGAGGUGGACAUCGCCCCGCUCACCACGGAGAUGUUCGUGGAAGGGCGGGUCACCGGGUGGAACAUCGACACCCUCGAGGCACGGACGGCCACGGACGAGCAGGCGUUCCGUCUCUAG